UUGAUUGAGGCGAUAUUAUUUGACUUCGACGGGCUGAUUUUGGACACGGAAACGCCGGAGUUUGAUUCAUGGCAGGAAGUGUUCGAGUCGUACGGGGUAAGGUUGGAGCGACGGGUGUGGGACUGGUCUAUCGGGCGACACAGCCUUGACUUCGACAUAUAUGAGCAUCUUUCCGAAUUGUCAGGGCAGCCUAUCGAGCGGAAAGUAGUCAGACCAAUAAUGCGGCGCGACUAUCUCGAACGAAUUGAGCGCAAUCCUAUACUGCCGGGUGUGGAGUUGUACCUUACUACCGCAAAGCAGAUGGGAUUGAAGCUCGCGGUUGCGUCCAGUUCUUCUCCCGGCUGGGCUGUUGGGCACCUGAAGAGUAGGGGGCUGCUACAUUAUUUCGAGUUCGUGCUGAGUGCCGGUGAUGUUGAUAAGGCGAAACCUGAUCCGGAGCUGUACACGAUGGCGGUGGAACGUCUGGGAGUCCAGCCCCAGAACGCAUUUGCAAUUGAGGAUUCUGUGAAUGGCUUAAUCGCGGCGAAGGCUGCGGGGCUUCAGUGUGUAGUCGUGCCGAAUCCGAUGACAAGAGGUAUGGGGUUUGAUGCGGCGGAUAUGUGCCUGAACUCUCUUUCGAAUAUGCCAUUGGAGAAAUUGCUUGAAAAUUUGCAAAGUCAGGCGUCUCACAGGAAUGGUGGCUUAUCAAAAGCGAAAGUUUGA